GUGUCCCCAUGUCGUACGUGAACCUGUAUAAACCUCCUCCACCCCAUGGUCCGACCUGGGGACCCGACCCGUACGACAUCAACAUCGUCUUCAAUAUUGACUUCAACCUACUCGAGAACGACAGACUCAAGUUAACGCCAUUCAUACCGGCCAAGCACGCCCAGCUCUAUCUCGAGCAGUCGCACGAUCGUCCAGAGCUCUACCGAUUCCUUCCUUGGCAAUUCCCGACGCUCGACGAUCUGCUGAGCAAGUUGGAGGCUUGGCGUCUCGAUCCGACAUGGCUUACGCUUGUCAUUAUUGACAAGACCAGGAACAGCGACGAUCCCAGCAACCUAUCCAGCGAGGGAGGAGGGGUGGCCGGCAUCGUCGCGCUUAUUCAUGGCGACCCCCAUAACUUGACGGUCGAGAUCGGAGCCAUAACCAUCCUCCCGUCUUUUCAGCGCACCCAUGUAACGACGCACAUGGUCGGCCUCCUUCUUCACUAUUGCUUCUCACUUCCUACGGCGGAUAAGCCAGGGCUGGGUCUGCGGCGUGUGCAGUGGGCUGGCAACCCAGCCAAUGCCCCUUCGUUCAGAGUUGCAAAGAGGUUUGGUUUCGUGAAGGAGGGCGAGUUGAGAUGGACGUGGGUUGUGCAGCCGGACGGAAAGGAGAAUAUUCUGAAAGCAAGGGUUGGUGAGUUGCCGGGAAGAGGUAGUGCCUUAUAUGCGCUCUGCUGGGAUGACUGGGAAGCGGGGGCCAAAGAAACAGCCCGAAGACUCAUGGAAACGAAGUAGCUCCGUGUAGCUAUAGCAC